ACGAUUACGGUUAUUACUGCUCUCGCUUUAGUGAACUGAAGGAAUAAACAAACAUGGCUCUCUUGUAAUUUUCUUUUAGUCAAUUCUUUAGAUUUCGUAAUUUUUUGUUCUGAUAAAUCACUCUUCGUUACAUUUACUGGCCACCAGGACCUCUUUGAUAUAACUUACGGUAACAGUUUUCUCUCUAGACCGCAGCUGGUUGUUUGAUUGCGAAGAGAACAUAUUUAAAUAUACCGUAAAAGGCGUCCCGAAGGAUCGCAAUUAACUUAUUUUUUUAUUGAGCCAAAUGACAUGCGCGUCACGCAAGUGCGUGUGAUUCUGCACACAACUGGAAACAAUUCUAGGCCACUUGUGUUCAUCGUGAUCAAUACGAGCUGAAGAAGCUCCUCUUCGUGAUGGCCUGGGCUCUUAAACUGCCGCUCGCCGACGAGGUGAUCGAGUCCGGCUUGGUGCAGGAUUUCGACGCCAGUCUGUCUGGAAUUGGGCAGGAGCUUGGAGCUGGAGCCUACAGUAUGAGUGAUGUGCUGGCACUGCCCAUCUUUAAGCAGGAAGAGUCCAAUCUGCCACCUGAUAAUGACAACAAGAUCCUUCCCUUUCAAUAUGUUCUUUGUGCUGCCACAUCACCAGCUGUCAAACUACACGAUGAGACACUCACUUAUCUCAACCAAGGGCAGUCUUAUGAAAUUCGAAUGCUGGACAAUCGGAAAAUGGGUGAGCUUCCGGAGAUCACAGGCAAAAUGGUGAAGAGCAUCAUUCGUGUGGUUUUCCAUGAUCGGCGACUGCAGUACACUGAGCACCAGCAGUUGGAGGGCUGGCGCUGGAACAGACCAGGCGACCGGAUCCUUGACCUAGAUAUUCCUAUGUCUGUUGGCAUCGUGGAUCCUAGAGCAAACCCCACACAGCUUAACACAGUUGAGUUCUUAUGGGAUCCAUCAAAGCGGACUUCAGUGUUCAUCCAGGUUCAUUGCAUCAGCACCGAGUUUACAAUGCGCAAGCAUGGUGGUGAGAAGGGAGUGCCUUUUCGCGUCCAAAUUGAUACAUUUAAAGAGAAUGAAGCAGGAGACUACACAGAACAUCUGCACUCAGCAAGCUGCCAAAUCAAAGUCUUCAAGCCCAAAGGCGCUGAUAGAAAGCAGAAGACUGACAGAGAAAAGAUGGAGAAGAGGGCACCACAAGAAAAGGAGAAAUACCAGCCAUCAUAUGAAACCACCAUCCUUACUGAGUGCUCACCAUGGCCUGAGGCUACAUAUGUCAACAACUCUCCAUCACCAGGCUUCAGCAGCACCCACAACAGCUUCUCUACUGAAGGGAAUGGCUCGCCGAAUCACCAGCCAGAGCCAGUGGCACAGGUAGCAGAUAAUCUGGUGCCCACAGCAACUCCGCAAGAAGCACAGCAAUGGCUCCAUAGAAACCGCUUUUCACCAUUCAGUCGUCUCUUCACAAACUUCUCAGGGGCAGAUCUGCUGAAAUUAACUAGAGAGGAUGUCAUUCAGAUCUGUGGCCCAGCUGAUGGCAUACGACUGUUCAACUCACUAAAAGGAAGGGUGGUUCGCCCAAGACUCACUAUCUAUGUGUGUCAGGAGUCUCAGCAGGUCCGAGACCAACAACAAAAACAUGAGAAUGGAGAUGGUGCUAGCAAUACAUUUUUUGUGUACCAUGCUAUUUACCUGGAGGACUUAACAGCCAUUGAGCUGACUGAGAAAUUAGCUCAGCUUUUCAACAUCUCUCCACGCCAGAUCAGUCAGAUCUUCAAACAGGGACCCACAGGCAUUCAUGUGCUUGUCAGCGAUGAGAUGAUUCAGAACUUUCAGGACGAAAUGUGUUUUGUGUUGGACACAAUGAAAGCUGAGACUAACGAUGGCUAUCACAUCAUCUUGAAGUGAGAAUGCAAAAUCGGCUGAAGAGAGUUUAUACCCAUUUUCCAGCAGAUUAAUCUUGCUCAAUAUGCUUCCCAACAGACCCUGCCUUUACUCUUUCUGGAUGUUAUGAUUACAAUUGUUUUUUACAAUUGUAUUGCUCAGGCAAUAGAGGCCACUGUGGUUAUGUGUGAAUGCAUAUGGCCUGUUCUGAUACUUUACUAUCUUACUCUCCACAGAGUGUCUGUACUGCCAGUACCGUCAGACAGAUGAUUUUAUUAUGUUGCAUUUUAAUGCUUUACUUAGACUUAAAAUAUUUUCUUUGUUGUCUAUGCAUCAAAGUAUAAAGUUGUAAGCACUGGUGUGCCAGAGUCAGCUACCUGAGAAUGACUGAAUGCGCUGUUGUAGAAUUAGCAUAAAGUCUUUUUGUAUCCUGUGCCUAUAUCGCACAUUUCAUCAGCAUUUCAAGUUAUUUUCCACCAUGAGAGGCAAAAGUCAUAAUAAAAUUGUAAUCAGUAAUUCCAACUGAGAAACCCCAGAAUCGAUGCCACACUGAAAAAAUAGCUUCACCAUAAUCAGUAUGUAAACUAAUUUAUAAUGAGUGUUAAGUUUGUUAUCAAAAAAAAUCACUAACUUACCCCGGCUUGCUUAAGGAAAGUAGAAGUGCUGCAUGAAGUUGGUUUAUUAUUCUGUAGCUCAUUCAUUAACAAGUAUUUUCUGCAGAGUAACAAAUCCUUUCUUUGUAAGUGUAGUUUUACUUCUAAAUUGGCAUAAAAUCUAAAUCUGAGAAACCUGAAUCAGUUUCAGAUUCACAACAGUACGUUCACACUACAUUUUGUUGUAUGAUGUUCCAUUACAUUUUUCAGACAGUGGGAUUACAUGGCAACACCAGUCCAUUACCUCCUCCAGAUUAUUUGUGCUUAAUGUACUUUUUCUUCUUAAAUACAGGAUCAUUCAUUUAUGUAAGAAAAACAACAGCUUUGUGUUGGUUAUGAUCAUUGUUAGUCUGUUUUUUUUUUUUUUCUUCCUCUUGUGAUCAUUGUCAUGCAAAUCCAUUUGGUGUGAAAAGCAACAUGUUUUAGGAUCUUGUGAAGGUCAAGCGGGUUAGCUGUGUUGGAUGUAUACAUGAAAGCAAAGUCCCCAUUUUCUUAAGUCAGUGCAACAAUUAAAAUAAUUUUCCCAUAAAAAUAAAUUUUUUUGGUGUGUCGGCCAUGCUCAAA